GAGCGAAAGUAGAUGAUGUAUUCAGAUGAUGACCAAGCCGUCAAUCAAACACCUUCUACAGGUAUAAAACGCACUGCAUUCGCCAUAUUAGUUAUUUUCAGUGUGUCAGCCAUGUUACUGAGCGAGUUUUUCAUAUUUAUCUGUGCAAUAAUUUCUUGUACUACAGGAGCUAAUCAAGUCAUAUCUGCAGAUAAAACAGUAGAAUGUCCGCCAAAGCCACACUGUUCCAAUUCCGGAUCACCAAAUUGUCGGGCGACUCUAGUGUAUGAAACGGUUGGGGGUAACAUAUGUGCAGUCAAAUGUGAAACUACGUGUGACAGUAGAUGUCCUUCAUUACCACAAUGUCCAGAACCCAGGGACGGAUGCUUACCUAUAUACAAGUAUUCUCAUAUCCGGUCUGACAAGGUGUGUCCCACACGAUGCGAACUGAAAUGUGAGUGUCCGAUUCCACCCACCUGCCCACCCGCUCCCUCCCAAGACUGUCUUACAAUAAAAAGAAACCAAAUCAUCAACAACAUGGAAUGUCCGUGGGGCUGCAUUCACCAGUGUUGUAAAAAGGACGUCAAAUGCCCCAAACCGGACCCCACUAACGCUUACUGCGUGUCUACCUAUACACAGUACAAGACGAUUAAUGGCAAGAAAUGUCCGGUCAGCUGUUUCUGUGUACCUGACGUUUCCGUGGCAACACUUAAAAGGCGGUGAACAUGUGAUGUUAAUGUAGAUUACUUUGGAUAUCUGCUAUAUAGGUUCACAAACGUACUGUUUGAAUUACAAAAUGAUCUUGCGAAUUUUCUCCUUUGUGUUCGGAAAUAAGACUGAGCGAUUUAUUUUGUAUUGCUUGUGUAUGUGUCCUCUGUUAGUUUCAGUGCUAUUUAUUAUUGAAUUUAUUAAUAUUGGGAAUUAAAAUAAUUAUUAUUCAAA